GUCACAUGGACAGCAACCACCAUAGUUUACAACAUGUCUGACCAUGGAAUAAAUUUGAUCUUCUUAUCCAACGAAACAAUGGGAGAUUUGUUUAUUUAGCAAAAAGAAAAUUUUGUCACGAAUGUUUGGUUAAGGAGAUGAGAGUUAAGAAUUAUGGAAUUUAGAGUGGGAAACCUCCUUUUUACAUCAAAGUUUGACUCUGGAAAUUUGACUAAAGUUGAGAAAGUGAGCCGUGAUGAAGAGGAGGAUGCACCCAGUUAUUACCCAGAGGUGAAGCCAGACUAUGAAUACAAUGUUUGGACCAAACCAGAUUGUGGAGGGACAGAAUUUGAAAAUGGAAACAGAUCCUGGUUCUACUUCGGAAUACGAGGAUGGAGUCCAAACAGAGUUAUCAAAAUCAAUAUAAUGAACCUUAACAGACAGGGUAAACUGUACAGCCAGGGUCAUACUCCAUUCACCAAAACUCUGCCAGGACGUCCACGAUGGGAAAGACUAAGGGAUAGACCAUCAUUUGAGACUGUAGAUGGGCAGUUCAUUUUGUCCUUCACCUUCAGGUUUCCGGAUGUAAAAGGAGCAAUUACUUAUUUUGCAUUCUGUUAUCCAUGGUCUUAUACAGAAUGUUGUGAAAAGUUAAAUGAAUUGGACAGGAAAUAUGCUGCCUGCAAAACUAUAAACUCCAACAGCAAUCCAGAUGCUUUAUACUACCAUCGAGAGGCCAUAUGUUAUUCACUAGACAAGCUACGCAUAGAACUAAUAACCAUAUCUUCAUGUAAGGGAAUAAUGGACGAAGAAGAACCAAGGUUUGAUGAAAACUUAUUUCCUGACAAGGAAACUAAAAGAUGUAAAAAGUUCCGAGGUAAACGGGUUUACAUGUUAACUAGUAGAGUUCAUCCUGGAGAAACUCCAGCAAGUUUUGUAUUUAAUGGAUUUCUAGAAUUCAUUUUGCGAGAAAAUGAUCCACGUGCCAAAAUGUUGAGAAGAGACUAUGUGUUCAAACUUAUUCCUCUUCUGAACCCUGAUGGAGUUCAGAGGGGUCACUACAGAACAGAUCAAAGGGGAGUUAAUCUAAAUCGUCUUUAUCUUGAUCCUAGUUUUAGUCUUCAUCCCACAAUUUAUGCAUCAAAAAGUGUUUUAGCAUAUCAUCAUGUCAGAAAUCGUGUUGUUCCAGAGGACGAUAAUCUCAAUCUAAGCAUUAAAUUCCCAGGAGGCUUUGUAUUAAAUUCUUGUCCUGAACCUCCCCCAAAAUCUAAACCUCCACUGCCGCAGCAUGACGGUGGAGGGGAGAUAAACAAGAACAAUAAUAAAACCACUGGUGUGACGCUGAAAUAUGGUGCUAAUAAAAUAACUAAAACAGAAAAACCUGUCAGAAAAGGAAAUGUUGAUAUAUACUCGUUACAACCUAAAGAGAAUUCGUGGGUAACCUCUAGUGAAGUUCAUGAUGGAGGAUUAGUACCAGCUAAGGUAUCAGUAGAACCUUUAGAUUUCUCUACAUUAUCUCGUGGUGAUACUCUCACACAAAAUGACUUUAAUGGUGCAGAUAGUAUACACUUAUCUUCAUCGUGUAGUAGUGUGAUGAGUAACAAAGGGGAGAGAAAAAUAGACAGUGAGUUACGACUUAGAUUAUCGGAGUUAAACAUGUCUGAUGAUUGUCGGGGGAAGAUGAGUAUGAUGUCAAUGAGUGUUGGAUUACUGGAUUCUGACAUCGAGGAUAAUAACGAUGAACAUCUGGGUAAUGAAGGUUCGGAAGAUGAAGAUUUCAGAGCCGAAUAUUCAUUUGGAAAUAAUAAUUGCCCGCAUUUAAGUGAUCCACGUUUAAAAGAUAUUCCUCCACAUCAAAGUGGAAUUGCAUUUUAUGUGGAUUUACAUGGACAUGCUUCUAAAAGAGGCUGCUUUAUUUAUGGAAAUUAUUUUGAAGUAGAAGAUACUCAGGUAGAAAAUAUGUUAUAUCCUAAGUUGAUAUCUAUGAACACUGCCCAUUUUGAUUUCACUGGCUGUAAUUUUACUGAAAGGAACAUGUACACCAAAGAUAAAAGGGACGGUAUGUCCAAGGAAGGGAGUGGUCGAGUGGCAAUAUACAAAUCUAUUGGCAUUAUACACAGUUAUACUCUGGAGUGUAACUAUAACACUGGUAGAAUGGUGAAUCCAGUACCACCAGCUCAUGGUGAUGAGGGAAGAGCCACACCCCCUCCAAUGGCAGGAUUCCCACCCAAAUAUACACAAGCUCAUUUUGAAGAGGUAGGAAAAGCCUUAGCAAUAGCAGCCUUAGAUUAUGUAGACCAUAAUCCUUGGUCUAGAAUCAGCCAAUCAGAACACAACAGUUUAUCGGGAGUCAGAGAUAGCGUUAAAAGAUAUUUACGUAGCAUGAGGGGGGGACCUCGGAUACCAAGGAAUCCACAGAGAUCAUUUAUUAGAAACAAUAGUAAUAGUUCAACAAGCCAGACUAACAGUAGAGUAAGCAGACAAAACAGUACAGAUUCCAAUCAAAAUAGUCGAUUCUCAAGAUUCUCUGGGAACGAAAGUAGUAGUAGUGCCCCGCCAAAGUAUCAACGGAAAGAUUCCUUACCCAAUCAGAGACGAGAACUUGGUCCAGUCAGAGAAGCUGCAUUACGAUCACAACAAAGAAAGAGACCAGUGCCCCCUAACAUCAACACACCUGUGUCCUCACGGUCACAGAAUAAUGGAUCAGGAAGUUCAGGGAUUCAAAGUGCACCAAGCAAUUAUACACCAGUAUCAUCAAGGUCAAACCAUAAUGGUUCCUCUGGGGUUCAAGGUGGACCUAUGCCAAUAUCAUCAAGGUCUCAUCACAAUGGUUCCUCUAGCUCUGGGAUGCAAAGUGGACCUGUCCAGUUCACAAUGAUGACUUCUGAUUAUAAAACUCCACGAUCAUCAGAUGGUAAAAAUAAGGAGGAAUUAUCAGAGUUAAAGAACGUCAAUCUGCUUGCCAUUGCCAAUAAGAAGUCAGGUCCACCUACUAGAAUUCCUCUCCCUACAGGUCGCCAGUUUGUUCAAUUGACAUCAUCUUCUAAGGAUGAAAUGGCAACAAGGACUGGAGGAUCUCGAGUCACUACAUCUAAACAUGUUGUACAACAAUACCCAGUCAGGAAAGCCAGUGCAGAAGUUCUUACAGCAGAUAUCACAUCACCUAAAUUCCCUGGGGAAGUUCCACAAUACACAGGUCCUAUACCACCAUCAGAAUACAUGCAUGGGAAUGGCCCUGGAGACAACAGUGAUUCAUCGAAAAGAAGAAAAAGAUACAUGUACAUGAGAAGAAAGAACGUAUCAGCGAGUCCCAAAGCCAACAGUGCUGGGAAAUGUCAGAGCAAACAGGCUAGUGAUAGUGACGCUGAAAGGGCUAGAAAUAAACGUAGACGUCGUAAAUCAUUACGGAAAAUAAACCAGUCUCCCUCGUCAGACGAGGCAGGACCAGUUGGUCAUUCUAGAUCGGGUGGUGGUAUGGAAAACACUCCUCUUCAGCUGUCUCCAAGACACAUCAACACUAUUGGCCAACAUCCAGACAAUCUCCACUCCCUUAGACAGCUAUCGCACAGUCGGAGAGUGGAACUUAACUCCGCGCCAGAUUGUGAUGCUUCCACUCUAAGAUUCAGACUAUUCAGGAUACCUCCGGUGUUGUAACUCCGUAUGAACAUGGUCGAAAGGUGGAAUCGUCAAAAUCUGGUCGACCAAAACCAGCCCCUAGUAAACUGACUGUGUUUUGGAUUGAAGGAUAGGUGUUGGAUAGCAUUAUUGUUGAACAUUAAUCCUCGGAAUAAACUGACUGUGUUUUAGAUUGAAGGAUAGCAUCAACGCAGAACUUUAUCCUCUAAGCUAGAUUUUUCUUGAUACUUACAGUAAACACAUGUUUUAUCUGUGAUAUAUUAUAUAUAAAUGUACAAUAUUAUAUAUAAAUGUACAAUAUUAUAUAUAAAUGUACAAUAUUAUAUAUAAAUGUACAAUAUUAUAAAUUAAUGUAAAGUAUGAAAUGUGACUGGUUAUAAUGAUGUAUUUUAUAAGGGCAUUUUGUUACGUGUCAUAUGAGGUAUAUAUAGUUAUUUGCUCAAUGAAGGAAUUUAUUUUUUAUGAGAUGAAUAUCUAAGAAAUGAUUUGAUUAACAUAUUGAUAUCUUUGUAACAUGGACUAUAGUCGCCUU